AUGAAUCGUAAGUUGAGAUUCGACAUAAAAAUAGUGGUGUAAGAAGAAUAUAUAAUAUUAAAUGGAUUAAUCAGAUUUUUCAUUCUAAUUCUAGAUUUAUACUUUAAUUUAAAUUUAUUUUAUUUAGUGCUGUUAAAAAGUUUUCUUUUAAAGUUUAUUUUUCUGUUUAAAAGUGAGAGAUCUUUUUGAAAGGAAAAAGAAAGUAACAUUAUGGAUUACUCUAAUGGUUUUUAAUUAGAAUUUUUGCUCUUUGAUGCUAUUUUAAAAAUUGUUUUAUCUUUUAUGACUAUGCAGUUUAUAUAUAGCUGUUAGAAAGAGAUUGGGGAAGAACUUCUUAAGAAUUUUCUAAGUAAACAUCAAAGAAAAUUAAUUUCAUGAUUUUUAUCAAAAGUGUUAUUGUUGAGUGAUGUGGAAACAUUUCAAUAUAAUUGGAAAUCUUUUUCAAAUGCAAAACAAUUCAGAACAAGAGUUUUUUUCUAAUAUUUCGAAUAAAAAAUGUGUCAUAUUGGUUGUUCAAAUUCCAUAAAUUUCAUAUUGCAUGUUGUAUAAACAUUUGGAGUAAAUUGGAAGCAAAUGCAUAUCCAUUAAUAAUAACAUAUACUUGGUGAAAAUAUAAUUGUAUUGUAUUAGAAUGUGGAAAAAAAUGAGUGAAAGAUUCUCAUAUGAAUUGUAUUGCAUAACAUCAGAUAAUAUGCCAUCAAUAGGAGUAUAAUAUCAUUUGUAAAUUACAGUAAUAUAAAAAAGAAACACUUGAAUCUAUGGCAAUGUCCAGUCAUCCUUCCAGAAUGGCUAUCAUACGUACAUUAGUAUUUCUUCUCAUGUUAAAAAUAAGAUAUACGAAUUGCGCAGAUGAAAACGAAAUGUCAGAUUCUGCUAAAUAUCAACCCAAAUCUAGUGUUGUAACUACAAAAUACGGAUCUUUACGUGGAGUCAUAGAGGUUCUCAGUAACAAGCACUUACAACCGGUGGAAAUGUUCCUGGGAGUUCCUUAUGCUGGGGUUCCACUGGGAUCCCUGAGAUUUCUUCCACCCGGAACACCACCUCAGUGGAAAGGAAUCCGGACUGCUGACCACCUGGGACCCGUCUGCCCACAGAGAGUACCGGACAUUAGUAAUGAAACGGAGGCUCUUAAAAGAAUGCCAGCCGGACGAUACGAAUACUUGAAGAGACUCUUACCAUUCUUGGUAAAUCAGAGUGAAGACUGCCUCUACUUGAACAUUUAUGCACCUGCUGGGAGCCCAAGAAAUGCUAAAUCAAGAAUACCCGUGAUGGUGUUUAUACAUGGCGAAUCAUAUGAUUGGAAUUCCGGAAAUUCAUACGAUGGCAGCGUCAUUGCCAGCCUUGGCAACAUUAUCGUCAUUACAAUCAAUUUCAGACUCGGAAUAUUCGGUUUCCUACCAGCAGUAGAGGGAUCAUCUCGAGGAAAUUAUGGCAUUAUGGAUCAAGUUGCAGCUUUACACUGGAUUCAAGAAAACAUAGCAGAAUUUGGGGGUGAUCCAAAAAAUGUUACAGUUUUUGGUCAUGGCCAUGGUGCAGCAUGUGUCAAUUUAUUAAUGUUGACACCUCUAACGAAAGGACUAUUUCAAAGAGCGAUUAUGCAGAGUGGUUCAGCUCUUAGUCCUUGGGCAAUUGCUAGGAAUUCAUUGGCAUACACACGCCAAAUCGCCAAAAGUUUGAAAUGCCCUAUAGAGGACAGCGCUGUUUUAGUAGAAUGCUUACGCCAGCGUCCAGUUCAAGAUAUCCUUGAUGUGCCAUUGAGUGUACCAGAUCAUCUAUCCGCUUUUGGCCCGACAAUUGAUGGCGUUGUGGUACCUGGAGAACCUGCGGAAGUCAUGGAGAAACACACAGAUUUCUUUGGCCAAUAUGAUUUAAUGUUUGGUAUGACCAGAAUCGAAUCAUAUGAUCAGUUUUCAAGCCAGGAGGACAAAAGUGGCAUUGAUGUCCUAAGAAGAGACCGCUUGUUGAGAACACUCGUCCGGAAUCUUUUCACAUACCACUUACAAGAAAUCUUUUUAACCGUAGUGAACGAAUACACGGAUUGGAGUAAACCUGAUCAACAUCCAAUUAACAUUCUGGAUUCAACAACAGAUGCCAUGAGUGAUGCACUUGUUAUAGCACCUUUGGUACGCACAGGCAACUUCCAUUCAAGAGUACGACAUCCAAGAGAUCCUAAAACAUUCCAGUAUGUUUUUACUCACCAAACAGAAGAUGCUGGUUAUUCGCAAAGAAUGGGUACGGUACAUGGAGAAGAUUUACCCUAUGUCUUUGGUGCUCCACUUGUUAAUUCUUUGUCUCAUUUUUCAAGAAACUUCACCAAAUCUGAAAGUUCCCUUUCUGAGACUGUUAUCAUGCUUUGGACAAAUUUCGCUAAAUAUGGAGAUCCAAAUGAACCACAUACCGAUAAUGAAAAUGUCAGCAAUGAGAAAAUAAAAGGAAAAUUCGAGAGACUUUGGUGGCCAGAGUACAAUGAUACUCAUCAGAAGUUCAUAUCCAUAGGUUUGAAACCUCGGCUCCGUGAUCAUUAUCAUGCACACAGACUCUCUUUCUGGUUGAAUCUUAUUCCUACUCUUCACAGAGCUGCAGCUUUUGAAUCAACAACCACCCACCACCUUCUAGAAGAUCACGACAACCCUAACACAUACGACGGUAUUGUUAGGAGUAAUAUUGCAGGAGAAAGCAUCGUCAUUACCACUCCAUCGACAACAACAUCUUCAUCAGCAACAACAGCCAAAGACGGUGGAGUCAAUACCAAUGCUUAUGCAACUCUAAUUAUAUUAGAAGAACGACCGACAAUUGCUCCAAAAUCCAUGAAUAUAUCCGGUUCAUUGGCUAUGAUAUUUCAGCAAGGCGCCUAUUCUACGGCUUUGACAGUGACAAUAGGAAUAGGCUGUUCUCUCCUGAUUCUGAAUAUAGUUAUUUUUGCUGGUGUUUAUUUAAACAGGGAAAGAACAGUGCAACAUCACGUUGAUUAUAAAGAAAGGUCUUAAUAAAAGGGGGUUUCAGUGGUUUACUCUUUAUGGAUUGUUAAAUGUCUUAUGAAAAAUAUAAUUGUGUCAAAAAUGUACCACAUUUAAGAUAUUUGAUUGGCAGUUCUCAUAUUAUGCAAAGAAACUUACGUGUUGCUCCUUCCAUUGUUGUACAUACCAAUACUGUUGAUGUUCAUUAAUGUACAAUGGAAGUGUUUGAUAUAAAUAUUAUUCGUAAAAAAACCUUGUGAAUCAGACAUUAUGAAUAUCAAGAUUCAUCUUAACGCAACAUAUGAUGGUAUUUUAUUCAAAUAUAUAUAUAUGGUUCAAUGGUUAUUUACAACAAGUAAAAUAAUCUUGUGAGGGAUACAUUAUGAUCCAGAUUCAUAAUAUCGCAACAUAUGAUUGUGUUUUAUCCAGAUAGAUGUAUGGUUCAUCUGUUAUUUGCAACAAAUAAAAUAAUCUUGUGACCGAGACAUUAUGUUCUAGAGACUCAACAUAACGCAACAUCUCGUGGUGUUUUAACCAGAUAGGUAAAUGGUUCAUCGAUUUGCAGCAAACAAAGACACUAGUAUAUGCAUUCUGUAUUUGAUAAUUUCCGUGAUGGUGAACUGAAAAUAUCUUUUUGUUUUUCUCUAGAUUUCAAGAAUUGUGAUUAUUGCUGAUGUUCUUACAAUUAAUUAAAAGUUGUUCUUACGGAGAAGGAAACAAUUAAUAAACCUACUGUACAGAUAAUCGUCAUUGUCGAGAAAUAAUUCUUUACAGUAAAAUAACGGAGCGCAUGGUCACUGUUCCUUUUUCCGUAACUAUAUGUCAUAAAAACUGUUUUGCUAAAGAAAAUUUCACUGCUUUGUUAACAGAACAUGAAAAUGAUACUUUUCAUUUUCCGCAAUUUCUUGUGACGGCUUCAUUUUUUUUUCAACAUACAAGACAGUUUGGAUUCAAUUGCAUAUCGAGAAAAAAUAAUGUAAUUUAAAAUUAGAUAAAACCGCUAGCUCUCAUGAAGAUUCAUAGUUGUUUCCAAUUUGUAUAAAUGCAUUAUUUGUAAAAACUUAAGUUGCGAAUUGUAUUUCUCCAAUGGAGUAUGUGUAUCCCUAACUGAUAUGUGUAUAAUGUAUUGCUAUAAAUUGUGAAUGGAUCCCUUCGAAUUGAGUUUUAAAAAAAAUUUGAUUUAAAAUACAGCAUAUAUGCUGCUGUUUUUGUUAUUUCCCCCUUCUUGUAUUGUAAAUUUGUUGUGUUAUGUUCUUAAAAGAAG